AACUUUGUUAUGAUUAUAUACGAGAAGAAUAAAAAUUACGAAGAAGAUUUGAGAUAUACGAACGAGUUGUGCGAUUAUUUGCUUCGUACUUUAGGCGUAUGGCCAUUUUCGAAAGCGACGAAAAAUACAAUAACAAAAAGUUUAUUUAAAUUAAUAAUAAUAUUACUUUGUUACGGUUUACUUUGUUUUUUCGUAAUACCAGCAAUAUUACAUUUGAUCAUGAUAGAAACUAAUCCUCACGCAAAGUUAAAAAAAUUACCAUUGAUAUUUUACAAUGUAAUGUCGGUUGCAAAAUACAGCGGAUUAAUAUUACAAGAGAAUCAAAUAGCACGUUGUUUAAGACACGUUGAAGAAGAUUGGAAAAGUAUUGGUAUCGGACCUUAUCGAAUGAUCAUGAAAGAAAAAGCUAAAAUUGGAAGAAGAUUGUUGUUCAUUUGUGGAAUACUCAUGUACAGUAGCGGUGGUUUUAAUAGAGUUUUUCUACCCUUAUCUAGGGGUGCCAUUGUAACAUCACAAAAUAUUACGAUAAGACCAUUACCUUGUUCAGCUUAUUAUAUAUUUUUCGAUGAACAAAUAACCCCUAAUUACGAGAUCGUAUUUUGUCUGCAGUGCGUUUCAGGAUUGGUCACUUAUUCCAUUACAACAGCUAUCUGCGGACUUGCUGCAUUAUUCGUCAUGCACGCAUGCGGACAAUUAGAAAUUCUUGUCGAUUUAAUUGAAGGUAUUGUUAAACAAACCGAUUUACAAAAAGAACAUACGAAUAAACUCAUUUCUAUUACUGUUGAACAUCAAAUUAGAGUAAGAAGUUUUUUGCAAACUGUCGAAGUUACAAUGCAACAAAUUUGUUUGAUUGAACUAAUGGGUUGUACACUGACCAUGUGUUUUUUUGGAUAUUGUUUGAUUACGGAAUGGGGAAAUCAUACAAUUACGAGUAUUUGUACUUACUUCGUUGGUCUUUUGUCAAUUACUUCUCACAUUUUUAUGUUCUGUUUUGUCGGUGAACAACUUACUUUACAGGCAGAAAAAGUGGCAUUAACAUCUUGCGUAUUAGAUUGGUAUCGUUUACCAAACAACAAAGCUAAAAGUGUUAUAUUAAUUAUGGCAAUUUCUCAUUGUCCAAUGAGAAUCACAGCAGGAAACGUAAUAGAACUUUCUCUACAAACGUUUGGUCAGUUGGUUGUAGGUUAUUAAAACUGCUGCAGCAUAUUGUAACAUGUUAAGAACAGUUACUUAAUUAUUAUUUUAUUAAGUAGUCAAAUGAAUAUUAUAAAAUGUAUAUGAAAAAACG